UUUAUGAAUGUGAAAGAUCCGAUAUGCAAAUACACGUGCCCACUUUCACCUUCAGAGUAACCGUUGGUGACAUAACCUGCACAGAUACCAGGAGAAGCUCAGAAACACCCUAGGACCCUCCUAGGGUUCUUCCAAGAAUUAGGGAGAAGCAGGAAAGGUUCUUGGAGCAGCCAUAGCUGGAUCAGUAGGUGCUGUCAAGUUUUAUAGUUUCAUAGAUUAUAGCAGAUUCCAUGACUCCAGAAUUUUCUGAACCUCUCCCUUUUCUGUAUGGACUCAUUUGGUACUUUGGGCCACUUGUACCACACUUGUUUCUGUAUCCAUGCAAAAUGAGGAAGGCAAAAGGCUUGAUAUACUCUAUAUUGAUUGCAUAGCAGCUUCUAGUUCCUCAUACUGUACAGGUGUUUUAAUAAACUUAUCUCCUUUUUUUAAUACAUGAGGAAAUGGGAUAAGAGAGAUUACAAGUAAUGUGCCCAAGGUCACGUGACAAUGGAGUUUUAGAGUUCACACUCACCUUAUUAUGGUCUGUGGUUUGAGCAAAUAACUGAAGCUGCCCAUUUGUACAUGUAGACAUUUUGUUUCCUAUGUGUCUAUUUAACUGCAAACAAAAAAAUUUUGAAUAGUAAUUUAAUUUGGAAGAAUGUCAAGAAAAAAAUUCAGCAGGAAGGCUGAAGUUCUACCAUCUUGUAAUCUGAAGGCAUCAUUUGUUUGUGUACCUGAAAAGCUCACGUCCACUAUUUUCAUUGAAGCCACUUUAAGAUAAUUUUGAAAUUUUUUUGUCUAUGUGUGCCAGCUGGAAGAUUCUUCAUGUGAACCAUAGAAUCAGCAAUGCAUUACUGCUUUAGCUGGUCUAUGUUUAAAUAUUCAGUAAAUGUUCAAGAAAAAGUAGUCUUCCCCCCCGCCCCAAAGUGUUAUAUACAAGAGAUUAACAACCUAUGGCAACCAUUCUGCCUAGGCUCCCUACUCUUCUUGCACUGCCCUGUCUUCCUAUGUAAGCUUAUCUCCACAGCUUCAAAUACUGAUAAUUUUGAAAUCAAUAUCUUCAGCCCGGGGUCCAGUAACAAAACAGUGUAUCAGCCUGUGUUUGCUGGAAAUCUUUGCUUGGAGGACCCAAAUGCACCUCUGUCUCUCACUGACUUAUACUGAAUCCAUUUUCUCUCAAAUCCAUUCCCCCUGCUUUCCCUAGCUCAGUAAAGGGCCCACCAUCACCAUUUGGCUCAUAGUAGAAAUUUGGGUCUCAUCUCCAUGACUUCUUCCCCUUCCUCGUGUCUCUUGUCCCGUCUAUCACCAAAUCUUACUUCCUAAAUAUCUCUUGAAUCUAUCUGUUUCUCUCUCUUCUUCCCAUUGCUACUGCUUGGGCCACUUGGAUUAUGGCUACAGCCUUAUAGCUGUACUUUCAGCUUCUAGCCUUGUGAUGUCCAUUCUCCAUACAACAACAGGAGUGUUCUUCCUGGCAUUCAAGUCUGUUCAUAUACUUCCUCUCCUUAAAAUCCAUCCAGGGGUUUUCCCAUAAUCCUCUGGAUGAAUACAGAUUUGUUAAUAUGAUUUGGAACCUUGCUUCUCAAAAUGUGAUCAACAGCAGCAUUGAUAUUACCUGGGCACUUGAUGGAAAUGCAGAAUAUCAGACCCCAUGCCAAACCUACUAGGUCAGAGUAUGCAUUUUAACAAAAUUCCCAGGCGUUUCCUAUUUGAGAAGCACAAAUAUAGGAGACUCUUUUCUGACCUCUGCUCCUACCCUACAACUCUCUAGCCUUUUAUCUCAAAAUUCCUUCCUUCAAGCUCUUGUUGUAACCAACUACAUGGGGCUCUUAAGAACACCGUGCUCUUUUCUCUGCCCAGAUUGUUGUUCUUAACCCCUAGCUCUCUUCAUGUUACUAGUUUUUACUAACCUUUAAAGUCUUUAUUUAGUUAUCUCCUCCUUCAUGAAACCUUUCCAAAUCCUUACUAAGAGUAGAGGAGCUGCCCCUUUUGUGUGCUCCCCUACAGCCUGCAUUUAGGCCUGUCAUUACAUAUACUGUUCCAUAUUUCAAACACCUGUUUACGGAAGAAAUUCCACACUAGGGUUUUGUGCUCUUUAAAAGUAUGGACUCUGUUUAGUUCUCUGCUAUAUCUCUAAUACCUACAUUAGUGGAUAAUUGAGUAUGGUGCAUGUGUCUUCUGACCCUUGAGCGUCACCCUUGAAAUUUAUUCCAGGCCUCCUUUCUUUCCUCCACACCAGAGAAAUGGGCAUGAGCAUUCUGAUACCACCUUCUAAGGGUUCUCAACACCUAGCUUGAACAAAGAAGGAAAAAUAUUGAAUUUACCAUUUACCAGAUAUGAUGACUUAACUGCAAUUAGGCAUCAAUGUCAGUGAUUAGUCAGGCUAGCCCCUACCGCCCCUUAGCUACCUGUAAGGGAUACAGAUUGUAUGCAAGACACAGAACAUAAACUCUCACCUUCUUCCCCAUAUAGCUUUUCCCACCCUGAACCCAACAUAUAGCCAUGAUUGCUUAUCCAGUCUAGGAGUUUAAUCCCAUAUAGGACAGGCUGUUAGAAUAAAAUUGUGCACAUUUUGCUGUAAGUGGCUCCCUUAAAGGAAACUUCUUGCUACAUAAGAAUUUCUCUCUGUGAAUAGGGAAAGAGUAAAAUACUAAGUUGCAUUUCUUCAGAAGGUGUAGAUACAGUCUACUUUAUUAUCACUUUAUGUAAUAAACAUAUAAUGUAGACAUAAUAUGGAUUUUUUUACACUAGUAUGCAUAGAAUUAAAUACAUAGAACAUUUAAAAUCAUGGGUUUUAUAAUGUAUUUCAUGUGGUGAAUAUUUUAUUAUAGUAUAUUUGUAGUAUGUUUUCAUUAGCUAGUGUAUACAUGUACAACCCGUAGUGACUUUGUUUUGCAUUAUGAAAACAUUUAUGCAAGCCUCACAUUUUCACAGCAUAUACUUUUUUUGUUGCUAACCUUAAUUCAGGUGAAGGUACAAGUAAGAAGCUGGCGAAACAUAGAGCUGCAGAGGCUGCCAUAAACAUUUUGAAAGCCAAUGCAAGUAUUUGCUUUGCAGUUCCUGACCCCUUAAUGCCUGACCCUUCCAAGCAACCAAAGAACCAGCUUAAUCCUAUUGGCUCAUUACAGGAAUUAGCUAUUCAUCAUGGCUGGAGGCUUCCUGAGUAUACCCUUUCCCAGGAGGGAGGACCCGCUCACAAGAGAGAAUAUACCACAAUUUGCAGGCUAGAGUCAUUUAUGGAAACUGGAAAGGGGGCAUCAAAAAAGCAAGCCAAGAGAAAUGCUGCUGAGAAAUUUCUUGCCAAAUUCAGUAAUAUUUCUCCAGAGAACCACAUUUCUUUAACAAAUGUGGUAGGACAUUCUUUAGGAUGUACUUGGCAUUCCUUGAGGAAUUCUUCUGGUGAGAAGAUCAACCUACUGAAAAGAAGCCUCCUCAGUAUUCCAAACACAGACUACAUCCAGCUGCUUAGUGAAAUCGCCAAGGAACAGGGUUUUAAUAUAACAUAUUUGGAUAUAGAAGAACUGAGUGCCAACGGACAGUAUCAGUGUCUCGCCGAACUGUCCACCAGUCCCAUCACGGUCUGCCAUGGCUCUGGGAUCUCCUGUGGCAAUGCACAGAGUGAUGCUGCCCACAAUGCUUUGCAGUAUUUAAAGAUAAUAGCGGAAAGAAAGUGAACUUGGAGCAACCUAGAAAACCCUCAGCAGCAUAGAAAAAGUUCCUCUCUCACCCCUUCCCAACUAAAACGUUUACUGUAAUGUUUGAGUUUGUGUGUUGUUUCUAAAUCUUUCAUAGAUUCCAUCUACACUACAGAUUUAAUUGUCUCAUAGUUGUUAUUAAACUCUUUUUAAUGGCUUCAACUUUGUAUUGGUAUAUUGUAUUUAUAAACUUUGUACCGUAGGCAGAGUGUAGCACCCAUUUGGCAAUGCCAUGUACGAGAAGGAAGAAACUGCAUGUUUAUUGAUGAUGAAGAUGAUGAAAUAAAACUGCUACCAACAGUCUUACUGGUGCUUAACCUCUUUGUACAAGGCUUUAUAAAGGGAAUUCAAAGGAGGCCCCUUAGAAUUAGUGUUGAGGAUGCACUAACAGCCUUUUAUUGAAUGUGAUUAUUACAUCCCAGGGAACAUGCUGGUCUGCUGUGUAUGUGAAUCCAUGUAAUAAAGAGCUGUUGUUUUAAA